CCAGUUUAUACACUGCCACGCAUGGCACUGCACUGACAAAAGCAACAACACUCCACUGGGAUCACACUGGGAUCACACUGGGAACUUUCUUUGUUUUUGGUUAGGGAUGAUUGAUUGAUUUGACAAUGAAAGUCUCUCAUUUUUGUUUAAUGUUACAUAUCUUUGUUCAGGUUCUUGUUCGAUACCAGUAGUGUUUUGCCUUUUUUGGGGGGCGUAGAAAGAAGGAAAUUAUUUCCUGGCCUUGUUUUAUCAGACUCCGAGUCUGAUGCUGAGAUGUCGGGCUCCAUAACAAAGGAUCAUGAUGUUGGUAUGUCAUUCAAAGUGCCACUGGUGGAUACUGAAUCUCAGUCAUUGAGGUACUGGAGCAGAUUUGAGCGUCGGGUAUGGAUGGGUGUGCUGGUGAUUGGUUGUGCGUUCUGCUAUUCCUGCAGGACAGUGCUACCAUUAUGUAUUGUCGCUAUCAGUAAGGAGAUGGGAUGGAACAAGUCACAGUCGGGCACAGUAUUGUCAGUGUUCUUCUGGGGCUACUGCAUGACACAGCUGAUUGGUGGUCGACUCAGCGACAAGAGAGGUGGUGAUAAAGUCAUGACAGUCGCGGCUGCUGGAUGGGCAAUCUUCACAUUAUUAACACCAUGUCUACCCUUGAUGUAUGGCAGUUCAUCAAUGCUGUUUGUCAUGGCCUUCGUGAGAAUGCUUAUCGGAGUGUGCCAAGGAGUACACUACCCAGCGAUCACAAGUCUCGUAUCAAGGAACGUAUCGGAAAAAGAAAGGACGUUUACAUAUAGUUUUGUAUGCACAGGCUCAAAUAUGGGAACAUUGUUAUGUGGGAGUCUAGGGUCUUUGAUAUUGGACACAUACGGUUGGAGAGCAACAUUCGUACUUGUUGGUAGCAUAUCGUUGGUCUGGUGCCUGUUGAUGCAAUGUUAUAUGGUCACUCGCCAAAACAAACGCCGCUUCAUCCGAAUACAGGUUGAGGAAAAGAAAAAAGACACACAGUUGGAGAAAGCCGCGGUAGAAUCAUCUGUUCCGUGGAUGGUUUUGUUCAAAAAACCUGCAUUCUGGUCAAUCAUCUUUGGACACAUGACAGAAACAAAUGCUUUCUUUGUCUUGCUCUCAUGGUUACCAACAUACUUCCAUGAUAACUUUCCUGGUGCCAAGGGUUGGGUGUUCAAUGUCGUCCCCUGGCUUGUCAGUAUACCGAGCUCUAUAUUUAGUGGAUGGCUAGCUGAUUAUCUUAUUGCAAAAGGGUACUCUGUGACAUUUGUUAGGAAACUUAUUGAAACAGUAGCACUAUGUGGUGCGUCAGUCAGCCUGGUCACAAUCAGUUAUGCUGAUAACUAUAUAUUAGCUGUGAUAUGCAUGGGUUUUGCCAUCAGUUGCAUUGCGUUUCACCACAGUGGGAUCCUGGUGAACCCACAGGACAUCGCCCCCAAUCAUGCUGGAUCUGUAUUUGGUUUGAUGAAUACUGCUGGUGCUAUCCCAGGGUUUGUAGGUGUAUAUGUGGCUGGCCACAUUCUUGAGGCAACCAAGAGUUGGAGUGCUGUCUUUAACCUGACCGCUCUCAUCACAUUCCUUGGCUGGAUUGUAUUCAUGCUCUUUGGAACGGGGAAGAAAAUCAUCUGAGCUUUGGAGCCUGUCAUGAAUAGACAAACACGAGUUGCUCUGUUUGAGAUCUGAGGGUUACAUGUGUUGUCAAGUGCAGCAAACAGAACUGGUACCGAUCGACAAGGUUAAGAAUUGUCGAAACAUAUUCACAUGACAGUUUGUAAGAAAGCUCUCGGUCAGCUCUUUCUGAUUGAAACAGUUAGGACAUGAGUUUGUUUUGUGAAAGUGCGUUUUCUGAUGAUUGAAAAUGGCAUCAGUCCAGAAUGGGUUAGUGUGUAGUCUUCCAUUAGACGCUCCUGGUGCAUCUCUACCAGUCUAAUGAACAAUGCAUUUAUGUCUCAUGAUCUGUGCAACAAGGACUAGGGAGUGGACUCUUGAUUACGAUGUUUCAUGUUGAUAAUGGAUUAUGUAUUAGCCGCAUUUCGACGAGAGAGGUUUUGGUGAGACAACCAUAACAUUUUGGGUUGGCAUAAAAUGAGUUGAAAGCAGAUUCUUGGUGGAUUAUGCUUUUGACAAGUUUGAGGUGUUUUAGAGUAGAAAUUGAGACCUCACUGGGUUGGUUGUGUGACGUCACAUCGCGAGAGUGGACAUGUCAUUUCCCCAAAACCUCAGUUGCUGCCUCAUUUAUAGCCCGAGGUUUAGCUCCAUCCUUACUGUGUUUGAUGAGGCAAACAAACACUCCAGUUCAGGAUCAAUUCCUCUUCCACAUGUGUAAAUGACUCGGUCCUUUUGAGAACCUAUGAGAACGUCUGCUCAAGAAGACUCCAAACUGAGCAUGUGGUUUGUACUUCAUGUCCUUAUGGCUGUGAUGGCUUCUUCCUUGCUUGGUGUCGGACAAUACAAUACAACAUGUUUCUAUUUAUAAAACUGGGUUAUGUAAUUGUAUCCGGGUUUGCUAUUUUAACAUUUUCUUGUUGUGUUUCUCACAAAAGAAUAUUUAACAACCUUGACCAUAUAUUCUGCUCAAGGGUUGGAAAAUUAUGUCAUGUAUAAUACUGUGGUCUAGAUCAGAGGCCUGGUGGUGUUCACCCGUGGCAUCAUUAUUGUCCUUGCUAACUGGCAAAGGUUGUUAAGUUUUUGUACAAUGACUUAUUAAUUUAUAAUUUCUAUGAUUAUUGUAAAUAAAGAGCGGGAAGUCAACUGAGAUCAUUGUGUUGUCAGGUAGAAAUGCCCAUGACAUAUACUGCUCCACUCAGACAAAAGGCAGUACGUGUGACUGACACUGUGAUAUCCAUCUUGGACCACUCUACGUAGGUUCUAGGUUCUGAUAGAAGCUUCAUGGCUAUCUCUCAA